AUGACGCCGACCUCAGACCUCCAAUCACAACCGCUGACAGUGGUGGUGGGCUCUGGUGACGAAACACAGACGUUCUACUUGCACGAGAGCCUCGCUGUCAAGCACUCAGAGUUCUUCACUGCCAGCAUGAGAAAUGGUUGGACAGAAGCGACUACCAAAACCAUCCCCUUGUCAGAGUACUCACCGGAGAUAUUCGGGGCUUUCGCAAACUUCAUAUACCACGGGCGAUUCGAACUUGAGCCAGCGCGAGUGGGCAUGCAACUCGAACUCAAGACUGUCGGACAGUCAAGCUACAAGCUCGAAGUUUUGCCUACAACGACCAUCAAGGAAGUGAAGAACAUGAUGAAUAUCAAGGAAGGACUCCCGACUGAGUUCUCGCGCAUCGUAAUCCGCGGAGACACAAAAUGGGCGGAUGAUGACCUCACUCUUUCUCAAUGCAACAUCAACGAAAAUCGCACGGCCUUCCUGAUCAGAGGGAUUCGAGAACCCCGAAACGAUUCCGGCAAAGGAUCAUACCCACUCCUCGAUACCGGUGCAGCGCGUCUCGUCGAACACUGGAUCCUAGGCGAUAAGCUGCAAUCAUCGAGCUUCAAGGACUACAUUACCGACCGACUCAUUGAAGAGCUUCACUGCAGUUUCUACUGGCCGGUACAAGGGUCUCAGACCGUCUACUCCCAAACUGCUGGUAACAACAGCAUUAAGCGCCUCAUGGUCGAGAUCGCCGCAAGGAUGUGGAAAUCGGACCAUUUCAACAAUAUCACUACCGAUCCUGCUGCUUACGAGUUCUGCCGCGACCUCGCAAUUCGUAUGGGAACGAUGACUGCCGAAGAACGAGCCAAGCCAUUCAAUCCGGAGCCUUGCGAGUUCCACGAGCAUAAGAAGGACGGAACAGAGUGCUACAAGGCGAUGUUCGUACAGCCAUGA